GCAAACAUCGCUCCAGUGACUAGAGUUUUGUUUUAUUUUGUGGAACUUUGCGGAGGAGACAAUGGGCUGUGUCCAUAGCAACGUGAAGAUGCAGAAGCUCAAGGAGGUUGGAGGAAGUCCCAUCAAAACCAAGUCUGAGGUCCACCCAGAGAUCCUGGAGCUGAACGAGUUGGCGUCGUCGGGGAAACACAGCUUCACUGAGACAAGCUUCAGGAGACAAAUCUGUGAUGUGUGCAGAAAGAACAUCACACGGACCGGGAACAUGUGCACAGAUUGUAAAGUGGCAGUGCACAAGACAUGUCAGUCCAAGGUGUUGCCAUCCUGCUUGUCAGCUCUUGACCAGCUUGGCUCCAGCAGCAAAUCUCUGUCUCUGAAAAAAAGAGGCUCUCUCCCGAGGAGCAGGAGUGUGGAGCGGGUGAUGGAGCACAGAUAUGACUUUGACCUGACCUACAUCACUGAGAGAAUCAUCUGUGUGUUUUUCCCGGAGCUGGACGAGCCGCAGUACCACCACAACAUCCAAGAGGUGGCGCUGAUGCUCAAGAACAAGCACCAUGACAAGUUCCUGCUUUUAAAUUUAUCAGAGAAAAGGCAUGACAUCUGCAAACUCCACCCAAAGGUGCAGGAUUUUGGCUGGCCCGACCUCCACGCGCCGCCUCUAGACCGGAUCUGUUCCGUGUGCAAAGCCAUGGAUAGCUGGCUGUGCCAAGACCCUCAGAAUGUGGUAGUACUGCACUGCAAGGGAAACCGGGGGAAGAGUGGCGUGAUGGUGGCGGCGUACAUGCACUACAGCAGAAUCUCUGCAGGGGAGGACCAGGCUCUCUCCACUUUGGCCAUGAGGAAGUUUUGUGAAGAUAAAGUCUCGUCUUCUCUGCAGCCAUCUCAGAACAGAUAUAUCUACUACUUUGGUGGUCUGCUCUCGGGUCACAUUCAGAUGAACACUAGUCCUUUGUUCCUGCAGCAGAUUGUGAUUCCAUCUCUUCUGGACUUUGAGCCUGGAGGAGGUUUCCAUCCAUUUGUGAAGAUCUAUCAGUGUCUUCAGCUGGUACACACGUCUGCGCUCUAUGACCCCCAGAACUCCAGGUCGAGGACUCUGUGUGUGAGCCUGGACACACCUCUGCUGCUCAAAGGAGACAUCAUGGUGAAGUGCUUCCACAGACGCAGUACUGCAGAGAGAGAAGAAGUGUUCAGAGUGCAGUUUCACUCCUGCGCUGUACAUGGAGCCCAGCUGUGGUUCAGGAAGUCCGACCUGGACCACGCCUGCAAUGACAGCAGGUUUCCAGCCGACGCAACAGUGGAGUUUCUCUUCUCAAACGGACCAGAGAAAAUCAAAGGUCGCGAGUGUCGUAAAAAUGACUCGUGUGUGAGAGUGAACAGUGACGUGUCUGACCCCGUCAUGAGAUGGGACUCUUAUGAAAACUUCAACCUGCACCACGAAGACAGUGUGGAGAACAUCUCUCACACUCGCGGCCCUCUCGACGGCAGCCUUUACGCUCAGGUCCGGAAACGCCGCGGCCCUGGCUCCGUCCCCAAAUCCUCUUCCAACAAUGAGGUUCUCAGAAAUGGCCCGACGGUGAGGUCACCCCCCAGCGUGCCCCGCCCACUCCCCUCUAUACCAGUCGAAGAACCGGACCCUCCGAACCAAUCGACUCCCCUUGAUGAGAAGAAGGCGAAGGAUCGAGAGACUGCCAUUUUGGACGAUGCCGAAACCAGAAAAGAUCACUCCUGCUGUUCUCAAAAUGUCCAUAAGAGCGCGCCACGUGAGACAGAGCUGUGCCUCGUUAGUUCACACUGUCAUAACCGUUGUAACUGUGUGAAGAACAAACCAAAGAGCCAAACGCUGCCUGCGCUCGUGUCCAAAUCCACCUCUCCUCCUCCGGCUCCACAGCUGUCCACUUCUCAGAUAGAGCUAUACCAUCGUCACACUGCGCUCAAGCUCCCAGAUCUACAAAUCCAACACCCCUCUCCGUCUCCUCUCGCUCCUCUGGCUCCCCUGGCUCCCCUGGCUCCUCUGGCUCUGAACCAGCCAUGCAUGUACCAGCCGUGUUUCCAGUGUCCGCAAACUGAGCAUCGUCACAAUCACAUUUUGAAUAACUCGUCCAGACUCUGCUCUGGUUCAGAUUUCCAGCUGUACUUGCCGAGCCAUAGUCCAUCAACGCACCUGUCCCAGCCCACCCUCACCUCGGGCCCGUAUCGAGAGCUCAUCAUCGGGUCCACACAUCCACUCUGCCCCUGUAGAGACUGCUCCUCCAGGGGACCAAUCAGGACAUUCCACGCCAUGCACACGGACCAAUCAGAGGGCUCGCAGUGGUCACAUGGCUCCAGACAGAGGGAGCUGUGGGAGAGUUCAUGGCAGAGGGAGGCGGAGUUCUGGUCGUACCAUAAGCCACAAGCCUUUCACUCGUGCCCAGCAACGGUGAGCCCGAGCCCGACCUUAGACCAGCGGAGCUUCCUCUGUGGAGCUCCGGGACUCACCCAGGCCUUCACCAGUCCACAGUCCCAGAACGAUGUGAGGGAGGAGGGCAGAGGCGAGUACCACGUUCCCCCUCAGCUGGAGCCACGUCUCUCCUGCCCUCCUGCGCCGGCGGCCAUUUUGAGAACCGCAGACAGCCCUGGGAGCAGAGGGCAUGUGUCAGGGUCCCCCCUCCCUGCGGGUAUCCCCUCCCCAAAGAGAGCAUCCCUACCCCACGACCACCCUGGGACCUCUGACCAGCACCACACCGGGACCUCUGACCAGCACCACCCCGGCACCUCUGACCAGCGCACAGACUCGACUGGAGCCGAGCGUGAGGACCAGAUGUCUCCAGAGUCUGAACAUGACUACACAGUAAUCAGCAACAGUCCCACCCACCACAGUGUGACUCCAGACCUGACCACAGCCCAAAGCCUAGAGUCCACCCUGAGCCCAGAGUCCAACCUGAACAACACCAUCACUGUACUCUGCUCCCAUGUCCCCCCAAACCCAUCCAGGACCCCAGACCCUGCCUCUGGACCUGGACUACAAGUCCAGGUCCAGAUCAACGGCUCCGCUUUACCAAACCCACCUGACAGCGGCCAUUUUGUGAGCAUGAACACGUCCCCUAGCCCAACCUCCUCCCUCUCCUCUCCCUCUUCCCCUGAACCAUCCCCACUCCGCUCCUCCCUCUCCACAGACCAGAGUCUAACCCCAGAUCUGAUGGAGCCCAAGCCGCCCUCUCCUGUCCCCGAUGGGUAUAACACGCCCACGUUUCCCCUGGCGUCGUACUACUACCCCCUCCUCAAUGUGCCGCAUGUGCCCUACACCGGGUACACCGCGGUCACCAUACCCACCCAGCCGCUUCUGCCCCAGAAGAAGAGAGGAGCCAGCCAAUCAGGAGCCAGCCAAUCAGGAGCCAGCCAAUCAGGAGCCAGCCAAUCAGGAGCCAGCCAGUCAGGAGCUGCCAGCGGGCAUGACUCUCUGCACAGGGUAACCUCGGCUCCUGUCCCCAGCCUCAGUGCCUCAUUCCUGGGCAGCAGGGAGCAGAGGAGGGGCUCGGCUCAGGUGGAGGGGGACAUCAGGGUCAAUGCAAAGUUUGUCCAGGACAGUUCUAAGUUCUGGUACAAACCGGGAAUCUCCAGGGACCAAGCCAUCGCGGUGCUGAAGGAGAAGGAGCCGGGGUCCUUCCUGAUCCGUGACAGUAACUCCUUCCAGGGUGCGUACGGACUGGCCCUCAAAGUGGAGACAGCGCCCCCUAAUGCCAACCUCACAACGAAUAAAGGGGACGCUCUGGAGCAACUGGUCAGACACUUCCUGAUCGAGACGGGGCCCAGAGGAGUCAAGAUCAAAGGCUGCCAAAACGAGGCCUACUUCGGAAGUCUGUCUGCUCUGGUAUUCCAGCACUCGAUCACCCCUGUGUCUCUGCCCUGUGCCCUCCGCAUCCCAGAAAAAGAUCUGGUGGGAGAGCUUCAGGAGCUGCAGAGUGUGAGCAGCACCAGCACCGCAGCCAGUCUCCUUAGACAAGGAGCAGCGUGUAAUGUGCUGUACUUGAACUCUGUGGAGACUGAGUCGCUGACUGGUCCGGAGGCAGUUUCCAAGGCAACCAAAGUGACUCUGUCAUUGAUCCCGCGUCCCGUGGCAACUGUGGUCCACUUCAAAGUGUCUGCGCAGGGCAUCACUCUGACAGACAGCAAACGCAGGCUGUUCUUCAGACGACAUUAUCCAAUCAACACAGUGACCUUCAGCAGCCUGGACCCUCACGAUAAAAGAUGGACUCACUCUGAGCGCACGUCCUGCAAGAUGUUUGGUUUUGUGGCUCGCCGGACAGACAGCUCCUCUGGAAACGUGUGUCACCUGUUUGCUGAGAUCGACCCUGAGCAGCCCGCCUCCGCCAUCGUCAACUUCAUCAACAAAGUCAUGCUCGCGCCACAUCUGCGCAGAUAGAGCCACGUCUGAGAUGAUAAAGUCCACCGCUGCGCAAAUAGACCCACAUCUACGUAGCUAGAGCCACAUCUGUGCAAAUAAAGUCCACAUCUGCUCAGAUAAAGUCCACAUCUGCACAAAUAGAGCCACAUCUGUGCAAAUAAAGUCCACAUCUGCACAAAUAGAGCCACAUCUGUGCAGAUUAAGUCAACAUCUGCUCAGAUAAAGUCCACAUCUGCUCAGAUAAAGUUCACAUCUGCACAGAUAAAGUCCACAUCUGCACAAACAGAGCCACAUCUGUGCAAAUAAAGUCCACAUCUGCUCAGAUAAAGUCCAUAUCUGCACAAAUAGAGCCACAUCUGUGCAAAUAAAGUCCACAUCUGCACAAA